UCCAUACAUGCACAAGGCUCAUGAUGAACCUUUCCCCACCGCAGUUAGCGGCCAAAACUGUGCUCCGACGUGAUCAUUGGCUGAUUAUCGCCUUCUGCGCAGUAAUAGGCUUUCGAAAGGGCAACUGCGUGAAUGCUCGCUGCAGUGUCAAAUUCCCAAAGCCGGCCCAAUCCACACAGCGUGCACAAUAAGAAACCAUCCAGCUUGACUGAUGAUCUUGUGCCCGCGUAUACGUAAGUACGCGCACACAAAAUUGGUAAAGAAAGCCGCCUUGAUUUGCUUUUCUGGAGCAUUUCAGAUGCGUUCAUUAGAGAAAGUUCCCGUGCUUUCAUGGACGGUUACCAACCAGUCGAAUUUGCGAUGGAUGGAGCCACCUUGGGCGGAUGGUAACAGCCAUGAUCGACAGCGUGAAUGGAAAGCUUGAUACGAGAGGACGCUUAUCGCGACGGUCAAUUCAUUUU